GAGAGAAUUACAGAGUAUUUUCCAACAAGAUACGACCGAAUCAAACCCUCUCUCUCACUCCUCUGCAUCCGUAGCUGCGUUUAAUAUCGUACUCGGCUUCGAUUUUCUCGAUUAUUGUUACUGUUACACACUGUUCUCUCUUCGAUUUGAGGGAACAGUACAAGUGUCAGGAUCAAUAAACCCCACUGCACAGGUGGUCACUAAAUAAUGGAGUCUCACGAUGACUGCCAAGCUCCGGAACGUCCCAUUCUUUGCAUUAACAAUUGUGGCUUCUUUGGAAGAGCAGCUACCAUGAACAUGUGUUCCAAGUGUUACAAGGACAUGCUAUUGAAGCAGGAGCAGGACAAGCUCGCAGCAUCAUCAGUUGAAAAUAUUGUAAAUGGCAAUUCCACCAGCCAUGGUAAGCAGGCUGUGAUUGGAGGUGCUGUUGAUGCACAAGUUGGAACUGUGGAGAUAAAGACUGCCUGUGCUCAGAGUUUUGGGGAUUCUUCCUCUGGUGGGAGUUUGGAGAUGAAAGUCAAGACUGGUACCAAUAGAUGCGCCACAUGUCAAAAACGUGUUGGAUUAACUGGUUUCAACUGCAAAUGUGGCAACCUCUUUUGCGCAAUGCAUCGCUAUUCUGAUAAACAUGAUUGCUCCUUUGAUUAUAGGAGUGUUGGUCAGGAUGCCAUAGCUAAAGCCAACCCAAUAAUUAAGGCAGAUAAGCUUGAUAAAAUUUAGGCAUGUACUACUCCGAAAGGUUAAUGUGUGAAGCUUAAGGCUUCAUCUUCUAUUAGUAAGCCCUCAUAUAUAUUGUUUGCCUGGUUGUUUAGGUGUCCUUUAGUGAUUAAAAUGGUCCAAGUCAUAAUAGUGAGGACAUCUUUUGGGAAAAACAUUCCUUGUUGAUUGGCAAGAUCCACGUUAGCUCCAGUGUGUUUGUGCUGGUUUGAUGGACACUAGCUCAUUUUGUAAUUUGAUUUCCUGCUUGGUCUGCAUUUUUUUCUUCCUCAUCGCAGGAAACUGCGUAGUUUUGUAUAUGCUUUUGAAUUGUCUUAGUAAUGUUUACCUUUUAAUUUUCAAAACAUGUGCAGUAAGUUCGAAUCGAUUGGUGGGACUUUGUUAUUGAUUUAAUAAUUGUCAGGUUAUUGUUGUUAUUGGUUGGAACAAUCAGAAUGAAUACAGGUUUGUGCAAAAAAAUUUAUGCGAGAUUGCAUGGAUACAAAGACCUGGGGUAAAUCUAACCAUGCGAAAAUAUGUGACUUCUGCUGUGAGU